AUUGUUCCUGUUCUCUUUCUUAAGUCAUCUGAAACACUGUCCCUGCGAGUUCUUUUAAGUUCCCUGCAAUCUGUACACAAGAGAAAGAGGGAGAGAGAGGGAGACAGACAGAGAGAGCGAGGGAUCAGGUAAAGCAGCGAGGCUGCUGCAGCUACUCUGAGAACUCAGGAGCUGGGCACUUUCCAAGGAUGCAGAAGGAAAUGAAGAUGAUCAAAGACGAGGAUGUGCAUUUCAGUUUGGGUGUGAAGAGGCCCCCUUCGUUCCUCCACUGCCUGCAGACGGUGGCUUCGCGAGGGAAAGCCCCCCAAAGACACUCGUUCCCUGAGGCUCUCCAAGGGCCUUUUCCUCAGUUUCGCUAUGAACCGUCUCCGGAAGACCUAGACGGUUUCUCCGGUGUCUUCGAAGGAGGAGGCUCUCGGAAACGCAAGAGUGUGCCCACCAAGAUGCCCUGUAGCCACCCAGCCGAAGAAGCGCCACUUGCCCUCCAGUCCCAGGAGAACAAGAGCCAUGGGCCUCCCAGCCUCCCGCUGCUGUUCCCGCCACCCUCGCGCCCCAAGUAUGACUCCCAGAUGAUCGACCUGUGCAACGUGGGCUUGCAGUUCUGCCGCACCCUCGAGCACCUGGGGGGCAAGACCAUCAAGCAGGAGCCGGUCAAGCCCAGCGCCGUGUGGGCCCAGCCCGUGGCCCCUCCAUUCCUGCCUUCUCCCUACCCCUACUACCCCAAAGUCCACCCGGGCCUCAUGUUCCCCUUCUUCAUGCCCUCCUCGAGCCCCUACUCCUUCCCCUUCCUGCCCAAACAGCCCCUCGAGCCGCUGCCCCCGCGCAAAGCCGAACCCCCCGAGAGCGAGGAGGCCAAGCAGAAGGUGGAGCGGGUGGACGUGAACGUGCAGAUCGACGACAGCUACUACGUGGACGUGGGCGGCGCGCAGAAGCGCUGGCAGUGCCCCACCUGCGACAAGUCUUACACCUCCAAGUAUAACCUGGUCACCCACAUCCUGGGCCACAGCGGCAUCAAGCCGCACUCCUGCAGCCGCUGCGGGAAGCUCUUCAAGCAGCUCAGCCACCUGCACACCCACAUGCUCACCCACCAGGGCACGCGGCCCCACAAGUGCCAGGUGUGCCACAAGGCCUUCACGCAGACCAGCCACCUGAAGCGCCACAUGAUGCAGCACAGCGAGGUGAAGCCGCACAACUGCCGCGUGUGCAGCCGUGGCUUCGCCUACCCCAGCGAGCUCAAGGCCCACGAGGCCAAGCACGCGAGCGGCCGCGAGAAUAUCUGCGUGGAGUGCGGCCUCGACUUCCCCACGCUGGCGCAGCUGAAGCGCCACCUCACCACGCACCGAGGCCCCAUCCAGUACAACUGCUCCGAGUGCGACAAGACCUUCCAGUACCCGAGCCAGCUGCAGAACCACAUGAUGAAGCACAAGGACAUCCGGCCCUACAUCUGCUCUGAGUGCGGCAUGGAGUUCGUGCAGCCCCACCACCUCAAGCAGCACUCCCUCACCCACAAGGGUGUGAAGGAGCAUAAGUGUGGCAUUUGUGGACGGGAGUUCACCCUGCUGGCCAAUAUGAAGAGACACGUGCUGAUCCACACCAACAUCCGUGCCUACCAGUGCCACCUCUGCUACAAGAGUUUCGUGCAGAAGCAGACCCUUAAGGCACACAUGAUUGUGCACUCUGAUGUGAAGCCUUUUAAAUGCAAGCUCUGUGGGAAGGAAUUCAACCGGAUGCACAAUCUCAUGGGCCAUAUGCACCUGCACUCCGACAGCAAGCCUUUCAAGUGCCUCUACUGCCCGAGCAAAUUCACGCUGAAAGGAAAUCUGACACGCCACAUGAAAGUCAAGCACGGGGUCAUGGAGCGAGGCCUUCACUCGCAAGGUUUUGGAAGGGGAAGACUUGCCCUGGCUCAGACAGCAGGUGUCCUGAGGAGUCUGGAACAGGAGGAACCCUUCGACCUUUCCCAGAAGCCCCGGGAAAAAAGGCCAGCCUUUCAGUCUGAUGGAGAAAGUGCCAGAGAAAGCUCCUGCCAUGAGGAGGAGGAGGAGGAUGAAGAGAACUGCUAUGAGGUGGAAGUGGAGUCCUACAGCCCCAGCCUUGCCCCCCAGAACAAGCAGCCCUGCUCACCCCAGGAUCUAUCCAGAAAACCCCAGCAGGCCACAGGGGCCCUUGGAGAAGCCUUUGAAGAGGAGAAGGAGGAAGAGCAGAAAGAAGAGCUGGAGGAAAAGAGCAUAGACAAGGUGGAUGCAGAUGGUGGUCAAGAGAGAGCGUUUGCCCUGGGAGAUGAGCACCUAAGCCUCACGGCUUUUCCCAGUGCCCGCAGGGGCCCCUCUUUCUCUGAUUACUUAUACUUUAAGCACAGGGAUGAGAGCUUAAAAGAAUUACUGGAGAGGAAAAUGGAAAAACAAGCAGUGCUUUUAGGUAUCUAAGUGCACAGUUUGAAAAUCACGCUUGGAAAAUGAGAACUAGGCAGUUCAAAUAUAGCUUUCUGCGUGAACUGUCAUUUGCUAGGGACUAGAGGAUGGCACAAAUCUUGACAGAUGGCUCAGAUGGAAUGAGGAGAGACAGACACAGUAAUGCAAAUGUCUCUGGGGUCAUUCACUGG